GGACAAAGUGGACAGCUGCCUCUUCUCCUCCACCUUUGCUGCGAUAAGUCAGAGGGGCUGGAGCUGCUGAACAGUGCGCUCGGACAUGGGGUUCGGAAAGGCCAAGCUGCUCCUGUGGGCCAGGAUGGUCGUGCUCUGGGGCAUGCCUAACCUUCCUCUCAGUGUGGUAUCUGGGGAAAUUCUGGGGCCUUCCCCUCCGCGCCUUCUCGGAAGAGAAUUCAUCACAGCCUUCAUGCAGAACGGCUUACAACAAACACUCAACAGCGACUUCCGGCUACUCAUCACAGGCUACGCCCCGGCCACAUUGAUCACCAUCUCCAUGAAAAAGCCGGCGUUCAGGGUGCCUGUCCAGGUGAAUGCUGGCCAGACCGCAACAGUGUUAAUCCCAGCCCACGCUGAAAUGGUAGGGGCCAAAAUCUUCGACAACACAGUCGCUGUCCGUGCUGACAAUGAUGUCUCUGUCCUCUCACUCAACUCCAAACCCAACUCGGCCGACACCACCCCCGUCUACCCAGUGCAGAGCUUGGGAACAGAGUAUUACAUUGUCACACCGAUCAUGGGCACGGAUCGCUUUGGAGAGUUUGCCAUCGUGGCCUGGGAGGGCCCCACCACAGUUGAUGUGCACCUGAAAGGGGCUGUCCUUUUUCAAGGAAAGACGCACCUCGGAGGGAGCAGGCUCACCAUCAAGCUGGAGGCAAAUCAGGCUGCCCAGCUUCAGAGCCCAGUGGACAUAUCUGGCACCAAAAUCAUUUCCCAGAAGCCUGUGGCUGUCUACGUUGGACACACCUGCGUGACAAGAUCCAACCAGUGUGACCACGUGUCUGAGCAGCUCCUGCCUGUUUCCAGCUGGGGGACCACCUUCAUCGUGCCCCCGUUGUCCUUUGAGAUGCAGGGUGAUAUCGUCUAUGUCUCCACCUCCCAAGCAACUGAGGUGGAAGUUCAAGUUGGGAUGAGCAAGAGCAGCAUGAGGCUGCUAGCUGAGAAUGCUGUGCAGUACAGAACCCCUAGCUCCAAUGCCUUGUACUUCUCCGCUAGCGCUGGGAUCCAAGUCAUCUUUUUCUGUGAUGGUGGCACCAAAGGAAACAUCAGAUACGACCCCUUCUUCAUGGCCAUCCCAGCCAUCUCGAGCUAUUGCCAGUCCUAUCACAUCUACGGGCACAACGAGUUUGAGAACUACGCGCUGAUCAUCGUCAAGACAUUGGAGUCCGCUGGGGUCACCGUUGAUAAGAGACCACUGCGUAAUGUCCUGUGGAAGCCAGUUCCAGGCACAGAAUAUUCUUGGGCUGAAUACAGCCUUGGCAAAGGGUUCCAGGUCCAUAACGUGGAGCACGCCAGCUCCCCCUUUGGCCUCCUGAGCUUUGGGAUCGGAAACCAGAAGGCGUACGGCUCCCCAGCCAUUUGUGCCAGCGAUCCAUGCAGAACACUGAAUUGCCGGGAGAAGGAAACAUGCAGGAUUAAGAAUGGCCAGGCAAUAUGCUUCCAUGACUACAUGGGAACCUGCCAGGGGUCCCUGACCUCCCAGUACUACACCUUUGAUGGUCUGACCAUGGAUAUCCAAGACACCUGCACCUAUACCAUCGCCAAGUACUGUGGCCAUGACCCCACCCUGGAGCCCUUCAUCAUCAAGGAGAAAAACAGCAACAUGGGGAAACAGGACAGUUCCAACCUUGGGUUGACCACCAUCCAUGUCUAUGGCUACAACAUCUCCAUCUACAAGGGAGAGAGUGGAGAAGUCAGGUUAAAUGACAAGAGCGUCCGCCUGCCGGUCACCCUGGAGGCUGGGAAAAUCAAGCUCUCCCAGAGCGAGAGACGUCCCGUCCUGCAGACGGAUUUUGGGCUCCAGGUGCGGUAUGACAGCGACUGGGCUGUGAUUGUGACUCUCGCCAGCAGCUAUUUUGGGAGCACUUGCGGGCUGUGUGGGAACUUCAACGGUGACACUGACGAUGAAGAGACGCUCUCCAAUGGCACCAAAGCCUCUUCCGUCCUGGCCUGGCUUGAUAGCUGGAGAGUGGAAGACUCAGACCCCUCCUGCAGGGAUUCCUGCCAGGGGAAAUGUCCGGUGUGUGAGGAGAGCAAGAGGCAGCUCUAUGGGGGGGACAGUCACUGUGGGGGGAUCAGCAAAGCGCCAGGAGGGCCCUUCAGAGAGUGUCACCCCAGAGUGAACCCCGACGAGUUCUUCCACAGCUGCGUCUACAACGUGUGUCUGAAUGAGGGCGACAAGAGCAUCCUGUGCCAGGCGCUGGAGGCCUACGCGGACGUCUGCCGGGAGCACGGAGUCACUGUCUACGACUGGAGGACGCCCUCCGGCUGUGUCCUGCCCUGCCCUGAGAACAGCCACUACGAGGCCUGUGGGAAUGCCUGCCCAGCCAGCUGCUCUGACCGAACUGCCCCCUCCUCCUGCCGGGAGCCCUGCGCGGAGACCUGCCAGUGUAACGAUGGUUACGUCCUCAGCGCUGGCCAGUGCGUCCCCAUGGGGAGCUGUGGAUGCGACUAUAACGGCCGAUACUACAAACCCAGCGAGGAGUUCUGGGCUGAUGAGAACUGCCGCUCUCGGUGCAGGUGUAACCCGAGACUGGGCACAGUAGUUUGCCAGGAAACCAGCUGCAAGAGCAAUGAAAGAUGCGUCAUUGUGAACGGUGCCCACCGCUGUAAAGCAACUACCUACUCCACCUGCAUAGGUACUGGAGACCCUCACUACACCACCUUUGAUGGGAAGAAGUAUGAUUUCCAAGGCACCUGCAUCUACCAGUUCGCAGCUCUCUGCUCCGAGGACACCACACUCACCCCUUUCAACGUCAAAGUGGAGAACAACAACCGAGGCAGCAAGGCCGUGUCCUUCACCAAAACAGUGACCUUAGAGGUCUACAACGUGACCAUCAGCAUGAGCCAGGAUCAUCCACGCAAGAUGCAGGUGGAUGGCGUUUUUGUGGACCUGCCCUUCUCCCACCAGCACAAGUUCAAGGCCUACAUCAGUGGCGUUCAUGGUUUCAUCAAGACCGACUUCGAUCUGAGAGUGAGCUUCGACUGGUACAGCUAUGCCAGGGUCAUCAUACCCAAUACGUACGCCAACGCUGUCUGUGGCCUCUGUGGCAAUGCCAAUCAGGACCCCAGCGACGAUCUGACCAUGAAGGAUGGAACUCAGACAUCUGAUGAGAUUCAGUUCGCCGACAGCUGGAAGGUUGGUGACGUCCCGGGGUGCUCGUCUAGCUGUACCGGGGACUGCUCAGUCUGCAGUGAGGCUCAGAAACAAACCUACAAGGGAGACCAGUAUUGUGGGGUCCUCACCCGACAGAAUGGGCCAUUCAGACAGUGCCACGGGGCAAUCGACCCAGCUCCCUUCUUUGAUGAUUGUGUCUUUGAUACCUGCCACUACAAGGGUCAUCGUGACACUCUGUGCAGCGCAAUCAGUGCCUAUGUGACAGCCUGCCAGGCCAGGGGCAUCCGGAUAGGGCAGUGGAGAUCGGCCUCAUUCUGCAGCCUCACCUGUCCCCGGAACUCUCACUACGAGUUCUGUGGGAGCAGCUGUCCUGCCACCUGCCACAGGCCCUCGGCUCCAGACAGCUGCGAGGAGCCCUGUGUGGAAGGGUGUUUCUGCGACGCCGGAUUCAUCCUCAGCGGAGACCGGUGCGUCCCCAUCACGCAGUGUGGCUGUGUGCACCAGGGCAGGUACUACCAGAAGGGAGAAGAGUUCUACACCAGCGCCUCCUGCCAGGAGCGGUGCCGGUGCCAAGACAAUGGGGUCGUCGAGUGCCAGGAGGCCUCCUGCAGAGCCAAUGAGGAGUGCAAGGUGGAGAACGGAGUCCUGGGCUGCCACCCGAUGGAGUAUGGAAUCAGUGUAGUCUCCGGUGACCCUCACUACAUCUCAUUUGAUGGACAGGCCUUCGACAUCCAGGGCUCUUGCGCUUACACCUUAGCCAAGGUCUGCAGCAGUGACCCCCGGCUGGUGGAAUUUUCCGUGGUGGUUGAGAAUGAGAGCAUUGGUGGUGGCCGUGUGGCUCAGACGAGGGCAGUGGUGGUCUCUGUGCAUGGUUACACCAUCUCCCUGGAGAGGGGGAGGAAGUGGAAGGUGGAGGUGGACGGGGAGCUCUACACUCUCCCACUGGCUAUGGACGAUGGGAAACUUUGGAUCAACCAGGAAGGGAACAACAUCAUUGUCCAGUCUGCCUCUGGCCUCCAAGUCUUUUAUGACACUGCCUCCUACCUCCUAGUGUCCAUCCCCAGCACCUAUAAGGGACACAUGUGCGGUCUGGCUGGCAAUUUCAAUGGUGACAAAAAUGAUGACUUCCUGCUGCCCAAUGGAAAGAGCACUCAAAGUCUGAGCGAGUUUGUCGCCUCCUGGAAGGUGACUGUUGAUGGUGCCAUGUGCUCCGAUGGCUGCGGUGAGAGAUGCCCCAUCUGUGAUGGGGCCCAGACAGCACCAUACCAGUCUGAGCGCUCCUGUGGGCUGAUCAGAGCCACCUCAGGUCCCUUCAGAGAUUGUCACUCGCUGGUCAGCCCUGCCGAGUACUUCAACCACUGUCUCCACGACAUGUGUGCUACCAACGGGACGGGAGAGACCCUCUGCCAGAGCCUCCAGGCCUACGCGGCCGCAUGCCAGACAACUGGAGCCAAGAUCAGAGCCUGGAGAACAGCCUCCUUCUGCCCCCUUGCCUGCCCACUCAACAGCCACUAUGAGCUGUGCACCAAGUCCUGCGAUUUCACCUGUGCUGGCUUGUCUGCCCCUGCUCAGUGCACCCAGAAUUGCUUUGAAGGCUGCCAGUGCAAUACUGGCUACAUGUUCGAUGGGGAGGGGUGCGUGUCCAUGGACAGGUGCGGCUGCAUGCACGAUGGACGCUACAUCAAGUCCAGGGAGAAUGUCAUCUCCAGUGAUUGCUCAGAGAAAUGCACUUGCCACCCAUCAGGUGGGCUCAUCUGUGAGAAAAACAGCUGCCCCACUGGAGAGAUCUGCGUGCUCAGGGAUGGGAUGCAUGGAUGCGUGAAGCAGGAAGGCCAGUGCGUGGUCUCUCCGGGUGCUUACCUUACCACCUUUGAUGGUGCCAAGGGGAAACUCCUCUACAGUGGGAUGUACAAAGUGGCCUCGCUCUGUGACGAGAGCUCUCCUGCCUGGUUCAAGGUGGUGGUAGACAUCAGCGAAUGCACCAAUGAUGCAAUACCAGCUGGUGCAGCCAUCUUUGUUUUUUUCCGAGAAGCUCUUGUCACUGUGAACAAUAACAUGGAGACCUGGGUGAACGGGCGCUCAGUGCAGCUCCCGGCGAACGUCUCCGAUGCUGUGUCUGUGAUCGAGUCUCAGGGCGGCGUGGCCGUGGUCCAGGCCUCGGGGAUGCAAGUUCUGUUCAGCCCCAGUGGGGAGGUGACGCUGAGGGUGGGCGAGAGCCUGGCUAACAAGCUGUGCGCACCCUGCGGGAACUUCAAUGGCGACGUCUCCGAUGACCUGCAGCUGCCCAGCGGGCAAAUCGUGGGGAACAUCGCCGAGGUCAUCGACGCCUGGAAGGCCAGAGACUUUUUAGGAUGUGACUGACACACAAAGGCAAGAUGCUUCUCUGACUGCCACGCUUCUAACAUCGUGUGAGCUGACCUGGGAGCUCCGUUGGUCCCUGCACAUUAGACGGCGCCAGCGUGGGUUUGGCCCAGGAAUUCCCACUACACAGAGUGCUGGAGGCAGCUGGGACUCACCGGGCCAUGCGUGUGGCUGAAACCCUGGGCUGAUGUGUACAGAGCUGUGUGAGGGAACUGGGUGCACCACUUUCCCAGCUUUGGAUAUCUCAGCCUAAACACACACACACACACGCACGCGCGCACACACACAGACGCAAACAUGCAUUGUAUAGAGCUAGCUAUAGGGUUAGAAUCACAGAAUAUCAGGGUUGGAAGGGACCUCAGGAGGUAUCUAGUCCAACCCCCUGCUCAAAGCAGGACCAAUUCCCAACUAAAUCAUCCCAGCCGGGGCUUUAUCAAGCCGCACCUUAACAAAUAUUGAAUUAUCAAAAGCAUCCAAAGGAAUUAGGCACUAGAGCUGGUUGAAAUUUUUUGGACAAAACUGCAGAAUUGAUGACACCAAAAUGUUCCACAAAUUUGGGUUGAUUUUUGCCAAAUUGCACAUUAAGAAAAAAUGUAAGGGGGAAAA